UUUCGUGGCCAGCAGCCGACACACAUCACUCUAGCUCUAGUUCAGACACCCGCCCCGGGGAGUUUCUUGGCUAGUAUCCGGGGACACAGGGGGGACGGUCCCCUGUAAGAUCCGCCCGGGUUUUAGGGCCUCGCUGUAGUUGGAAGCCGGCUGAGCACGGGCACCGUGCUCUCUCUCCCCGGACACCGGGACAGCUGAUAGUGACAGGGGCAGCCACACACUGGGCAGUGCUGAGCGGAGCGGCAGGAGGCGAGAUGCACUAAGAUACUGUGGGGGACAGGUAAGAGAGCCCAGCAGCUAGGGGAGCAUUGGGGAGAUACUAGUGUCGCUCACUAGCGCCCAGGGGUGAGCACUGAGGAGGAGCUGCUAGUUUGCGGGGAGGUGGAGGGUCGGAGGCUGCGAGAAGCGCUCAGGAUUGCAGGGAGUGUGGAGACGCCGGAGGGCGGUGUGCGGUGUGCGGUGCAGCCUCUACGUGGUGAUAGAGCAGAGGGAGACUGAGAAGUUUUAGGAGAGACAUAUGUCAGAGAUCAGGAGAGGGAAUAAGUUACACACUGUAGAAGACUGAGCGCAGGAUAGUAAAUCACUGUAUACAGAAGUGAGAGGGUGCGGGGGAGAGAGGGGGGGGAAAGCAGCCGAGGGAUACUACACGAGCCGGGAAGCAGAGUAAUAUCGGGUGGGCGGGCACUCUCCUUGGCACUCACCCUGACCCCGGGAGGGCGAUGGAGGUGCAUAUCGGGCUCGGGGGGGUAUACAAGCAGCCUCCCGGUAAGAUGAUCCGGGGAGCCUUUGAGAACCUCUUUCUGAGCGUGCGGGAGGCGCUACAAGGUGAACGGAGAGCAGCUGCAGCACCUGAGACAUCCCAACCGGCUCCCAAUUGGGAGGAGCCCGCAGCCACUUACCCACAUUCCAGCUGGAGCGAACCCCCAGAACCGCAGCCCCUCUCCGCCUGGUCCGAGCCCCGGAGCAGCCAGUCACCGGCGUGGAGAGUGCCGCCAGGUGCACAGCCAGAGGCAGCUCCGUGCAGUCCGCGCAGCUCCCAGGUCUCCCAGUUCCCGCAGCUCAGCAGCUGUUCCACAGAGCUGAAAGAGAUCCUGGGUGACCGGGAGGGGAUGCUGGAGACCGAGGAGGCAAGCUCACAGCACGCCGCCAAGGAAGGGUACCCACUGGCCCCGGAGGGCAUCUCUGACAGUGCCAAAGAGAUCUGCAAAGCGGUGUCCGUGUCGCUGGGGCUGAGCAUGGAGGCGCUGGAGCAGCUGAGCGCAGGGGGAGAGGCGCAGAGAGGAGACUGCAUGUUCGCCGCCUCCUGCACUCACACCAUGGACACCCACAAGUGCCAAGUGGGUGAGAAGGAGAAGAAUGACACUUCAUCCCCCCAGUACCGGGACGGUGCCUUUAGGAGGAGCGGCCAGACAAACUUUUCCUCUGGCAAAGCCCCAGAGGAUGGCAGUUCGCUGGGCACGGAUGAGAAGGAGCAGCCUUGUACAGACUUGGCACUGCCAGAACCUGGAGGCUACAGAAGCCGUGGUAUGGAGUUGACACCCAGCCUCACGUUAUAUAAACCCUCUACAUUUAUGGAGGAUGCCCCUUCGUACACAGGCAGGGAUUAUUACAGCUUUCAGAUGGCACUUACACCACAUGGCAGGAUAAAGGUAGAGAGCCCCAUGGAGUUUGGUGGCAGUGCUUGGGGGGCACCAAGCAGGUAUGGUGAGCUGUCAAGUUUCUCCCACUGUGGUCCAACUGCCAACUGGCACUCUUUCUUUGAGGAAGGUCAACCCUCUGGUUCUUACACAGAUGCCACCCUGUAUAGCUACCCCCGAAGCCAUGUUCCACCUGGUCCAGACAGUGAAUUCCCUCCAGAUACUUGGUAUCCAGCCACAGCCAUGUUGGGCAGGGUUCCUUAUGGUGCUCCCAUGAAGACCGAGAUGACCCCAUGGAUGGAAGGAUACUCUGGUGCAUUUGGAGAGAUUAGAUUGGAAGGGGGCAGAGAACACUUGUUGCCCAUUGACUAUUACUUCCCGCCACAGAAGACAUGCUUGAUCUGUGGAGAUGAAGCAUCUGGAUGUCACUAUGGAGCCCUCACAUGUGGUAGCUGCAAAGUCUUCUUCAAGAGAGCAGCUGAAGGAAAGCAGAAAUAUCUUUGUGCCAGCCGGAAUGACUGCACGAUUGACAAAUUCCGGAGGAAAAACUGUCCAUCAUGUCGCCUGAGGAAAUGUUAUGAGGCCGGCAUGACAUUAGGCGCCCGGAAACUAAAGAAGUUGGGGAACCUGAAAGCUCAGGAGGAAUUGGAGGGAUCUCCGGGACAGGGAGAAGGCAGAGAAAUGACACCUAACAUGUCCAUCCCACAGCUUGAAGGGUAUAGCUGCCAACCCAUCUUCCUGAAUGUACUAGAGGCCAUAGAGCCUAUGGUGGUGUGUGCUGGACAUGACAACAACCAGCCGGAUAGCUUUGCUUUACUCCUUAGCAGCCUCAAUGAGCUGGGUGAGAGGCAGCUAGUUCAUGUGGUGAAGUGGGCAAAGGCAUUACCAGGUUUCCGUAACCUUCAUGUAAAUGACCAAAUGACCGUCAUACAGUACUCCUGGAUGGGCCUGAUGAUCUUCGCCAUGGGGUGGAGGUCCUUCAAGAAUGUCAACUCUAGAAUGUUGUACUUUGCUCCAGACUUGGUGUUUAAUGAAUAUCGCAUGCACAAAUCUCGUAUGUACAGCCAGUGUGUGCGAAUGCGCCAUCUCUCGCAAGAGUUUGGUUGGUUACAGAUCACACCGGAAGAGUUCCUGUGUAUGAAGGCUCUUCUUCUCUUUAGCAUUAUUCCUGUGGAAGGUCUGAAGGAUCAGAAGUGCUUUGAUGAGCUGCGGAUGAACUACAUUAAAGAGCUAGACCGUGUCAUCUCCUGCAAGAGAAACAACCCAGCAUCCAGCUCACGACGGUUUUUCCAACUUACCAAACUUCUGGACUCAGUACAGCCGAUUGCCCGUGAGCUGCACCAGUUUACAUUUGACCUGUUUGUGAAGGCACAGAUGGUCAGCGUGGAUUUCCCUGAAAUGAUGUCUGAAAUAAUUUCUGUCCAGGUCCCCAAGAUCCUGUCUGGUAGAGUCAAGCCCCUCUACUUCCACAGUUCAUAAGAGGCCCCAGUAGGCCAUUUCCUUUACCCCUGCAGUGUGCCUUAAGGGUCACCGUGUACAGAUAUGCAAAAUGGACUCCACCUCCAGCCUUCGCCAUGCCAUGCCAGAAAGGCAUGACCACUACAUCUGUCGUCAUGAGAGCAACAUCCUACAUGUGUGCUACAGUAUGUCACUGACCCACGGAUCACAAGAGGACAAAUCUGAGUAUCAGUUACAGACUACACAUGUAGUAUAAAUUGUUAACUUUGGGGAAAUAUGAGAAUCACAAAUUUAGCUCUGUGCAUAUGAAAAUCUAUUUGUCAUACAUGGCAGUUUAUACGUCAGUAUAUAUACAGAGUAAUAGGCAGUGCAGCCGAAUGGCAGAAUUCCUAUUUUUUAUAUACAAAACUCUACACUAAAAGCACUUAUUCUCCUGGCUUCAAACCACGGGCAAAAUGGCAAGGCCUACUUUAUCCUUGCCCAUUUCCUCUGAUAGAUUCAGUGGUGAUUAUGUGCUCUUGUUUUCCAGCCAGGAGACGUCAGGGCUACAUCACAAGCCAAAGGGGUGAUUGAUUACUUCAGCCUGCAUUGAAACAACACUCUGAUAUAUGACCCUCUGAUUGAGAACCACAGCUGUACUUAUAGUUCUGCCUGAUGGUGAAGGGAAUAAGGAGAGGGGAAUUAUUCCGAUGAUACACAUAACUGCUUUAGGAAUAAAAUCUGCACCAUUUCAGUUGCAGCCCCCAUAAGAGAACAGUUUAAUGCAUAGGUUCUUCUCUACAUUUGCUAGAUUCGAAAGACCCAGACAGAAAGGUGAUUAAAACCAUCAACAUUUUACUUGCCCCUCUUGCAGGAAAAGGGAUAUAUUUUAUUUUUUCAGUAUAUUAGCUUCAUCAUAUCUUUCAGUACACAUAUAUCUCCUAAAAUGUAUAUUUCGGAAUAAUUAAUCACAUGGUUUAGAUACACCACAUCUAAAUGAGUAUUGCGCUUAAUAGAUGUUUAUAAGCAUUUUUAAACAAAAGUUUGCGUUUAUCUUUUCCUAUCCAUCAGUCAUCCUUUUGCAGAUUCUGGUAACAAUGCUCUCAGCAACAAGAAAAGAUUUCCAUGUGAAUACUGUUGCACCUUACUUACCCCUAGACACAAACAAGCCUAGACCCUGUACUUACCGAGGAGCCGGUUAUGUGGUUACCGUCCUAAAUUAAUAUUUCAAAGGGCAGGGAAAAAGAUAAACAGUAAGCCCAACAUUUCACACAAUCAAUCAUUCAUAACAAAAUCCUGUAUUUAUUUGAUGAAAAUAAAGUAGAUAUAUGAAUAGGAAACAUAUAUAGUUAAUACAAUUUCUAGUAUAGUUAUAAUAAUAUGGAUCUUUUGUUGGUUCCAGUACACAUGGACAAAUUGUCUCUCUGCCAUAACCAAAAAGUAAUCUCGUCACUCAAGCUUAGAAAUAAAGACAAAUAUACAUUGAACCUAUGUAAGGGCAGUGUGUAGCAUUCACAAAUGUAUGUAAAACACUUCCCAUACAAUGACCUGCCCAUGCCUUGUACACUAUACACUAUUUAUACAUUGAAUUACAAUACAGUACAAAUAGUAUUAUUUCAUGGGAUGAGCAACCUGUUUUUUUGUCCAAUAUUUGACAUCUGGUAAUGAUAUUUAAAUGUAUUUUAAUCUAUUUGUAGUUUAUUUAAACCCUUUAAAGGAGAAGCAAUUGUUACCGUGUAAAGAUGCAAUUCUGACAAUCUUAGCAGAUAAUUCAAUUAGCGCCAGUUGCUGUAAGGUGCCGACAUUCCGACCAGCCCUGGUUCCCCUCAGCUAUCUCCAAUGAACAUUUUCCCCUGUGCCUCAUAGAGGAGCGCAGGAAAUGCGUGAUGUCUUGUUACAAUGAUGCGCUGUCAUGUGUGCAGCCAAACAGAGACACCACAUAUCAACAAGAAUUGUAUUGCCCCCUAAGGGCCUUAUUUAGAGUUUGACACAGACUAAGCAGGAAAAUGCGUCCACAAAAAAAGUUGCAUUUUGUGAUCUAUUCAGAAUCUGCCUCAGUCACAACAAGUGGUAGCUUCAUGUACCCGGGUCUGAUGAGGCUGGAGUAAGACAGCAUGCUCCCACUGUGCAAACUGAAAAUGAUAAAAAUCGCAGUACACAAUGGACACAAAAUAAAGUUAAUGGGGAAAUAGAGCAGAUAAGAAUUACCCAAGUGGAUUGGAACCCCUGGAAUAUGAACUGUAUCAAAAUUUUUCUAAUGACAACACUUAAAAAUAUAUGUGCACGCUUUCCUUUCCCUAAGCGAGUAGUAUUUGUGCUAUACAAGCGUGCACUGCAGUGUGCAGUCAGUAUAAAAGCACUGUUGCAGAAGUCUUAGUGAGUUUGCAUAUAUGGUUGUGUCUUCAAAUGUGUGACUUAGAGCAGGGUUAUAGCACCCGUAACUCGGAGCCCUCCAGGAUUUGCCACUUUUCACCAACCAUUGUAGUUGAAAUUCAUGACUACACAUCCUAACUGUUCUUUGGCCAUGUUUUCAUGCCCACUGCCCGCGUCUGUUCUGCAGGCCUAUUCCCACCAAUCAAGGUCCUUAGAUGUAUCCAGUGUGAAAAGAUGCACAUAAGCCCUAAAGGCAGAUGCAACUUGCAGCAAAAAAAACACAAAUGUUUAUAUCUACCUCUAAAUAAGACCUUAGAGGGUCUAGGUGCAUCAAGCUUUGGAGAGAGAUAAAGAGGAGUAGUUGCCUAAUGUAACAAAUCAGCGUCUACAGCCGGGUACAAACUACCCUAUAAAGUGUGCUGAUCUGAUAUACUCUCCAAUCAUACUAAGCAAUUUCUUGCUCAAUGUGUACUUUCUUUUGAUCUCCAAAACAGGACUGGGAUGUCAGGAACAAUAUAGCGUGUGCAGCAUCCUCCUAAUCUGACCACUGCAUGAGCAUUUAAAGCCGUUUAUUGGAUAACACUCCUGCAUACACAAUCCAAUUAUUGGGCUGAUCGGCUUGGUAAUUGUAUAGUGUGUACCUGGCUUCACUGUCAUUCAAAAACCUGUGGUCCUAAUUCACCGGUGCAUGCAAAUCAUUCUCGGCUGUGAUUUCUCAUAGAUUAGCAAGUGUGAAAAUCUGCAAAUAUCAGCAUGAUCAGUCUUCUGGUGUACUUCUGCGUGAUGGACUGAGCAAACCCUGUGAUGCCCACAUUGCAUAUCUGAGCAAUACUCAGCUGCACUGGUGGAUCACUCCACCAUCGACACAUCAUCGGUCACAACUUCGACUCCUCAAACAGUCCCUGCCUGGCGCAGAGCCUCCCUUGUAAUUUUCUCAAAAUAUGUCCACUGUGGCUGCAGUACUGCAAGAAUAUUGCAUCAGCAUGCUGAAACACACCCAUGACACUCCCCUAACACGCCCAGGACACUUCCUCUUUAUACAAUCACUUUAGGUCACCUCCCAGUCUCCAACCUGAAACGCCCAUGGAUCGCAGAUGCCAUCUCAAGUUAUAUCAGUGUCAUAUGCAUAUGCCAUCCCACACAUUAGUUUGCGCGUGCGCAGUAAGGGACUAAUUCAGAUCUGAUCGCUGUUGUGCAAAUGCACAAGGCGGCCGAUUAUCGAUCGACUGUGCAUGCGUACAGAUCCUAGAGCGCACGCGUGAGUCCAAACUGUAAAAAUAAAUGUUUUUUUUAUCGCUAGGUGUACGCAAGUUGAUUGACAGGAAGCCGGCAUUUGGGGGUGGUAACUGGCCAUUUUCUGGGAGUGUCAAGAAAAACACAGGCGUGGCCAAGUGUUUUCAGGGAGGGUGUGUGGCGUCAGCUCCGUCCCUGAUCAUCCUGAUACUAUUGCACAGACUGGAAAAAAAUCAAUCAAUGGUGAGUGAGUUGUGAACAGAUUUGCAGUUGACCGUCGUUCGCAGGGAUUUUCACUAGGGCAUACACAGACUUGCACGGGGCGGGUUUGCACUCUGUGUGGCCAGCGGCUGUCUGAUCACUCCUCUGCAAAUUUGCAGAGGAGUGAUCAGGUCUGAAUUAGGCCCUAAAGGUGCAUACACACGGAGAGAUUUUGACUAUGAGAGAUUUUGACUGAGCGAUUUCCCUUGAACUGGCAGUAGGAGAUUUUGACUAACUUUAUCAGAGAUUUUGACUAACUUUUCCAGCGAUUUUGGCUAUGGGCGAUUUUGGCUAACUCAUUCAAGCAAGGGGAUGCUUCUUCUUUUCCAGCGACCUAGCAAAAAUUGACUUGCCUGCACAGUCUAUUUUUAGCAGCGAUAGCGACCUGGCGGGGACGCGCAUUGCUAUCGCUGGCUGUGUACUCAUGGAGAGAUAUGCACUAACUUUCUGAGCGAUUUUGACUAUAUAGUCAAAAUCGCUCAGUUAUAUCGCUCCGUGUGUAUGCACCUUAAGUCUUUCCUAGAGAUUUCAAACAUUCACAGUAGUAAAUAUUUGUGCAACUGCACAAACAUCAGCACUGCUUUGCGUAACUUCUCCACUUUAUCCCUCUCCCAGGCUUGAUACAUCGCCCUCUUUGUGUGCAACUCAUCAUUUAGCACCACUGUUCACAGUGAAAAUAAACUAAAGAAUUUAAUUAAUUAGUUUGAUCCAUGCCCCUCCUUACCCAUUACGUUAGAAUGGUAUUCUCUCUUGACAUAGAUGGUUCUGGUCUAGCCAUACACAUAAAUACAGUCAAUCACAAAACAAAGCGGUUACUACUGCUGCCAUGAAUCCAAAGUCUUAAGCUGAGAACACACUAGACGAUAUGUUGCUAGUGAUUACAUGCAGAAUGCCAUGUGCACAACACACACACACCCCGCCGGACACAGCAUCGGGAAGAGUGUAUGCACUUGCCGCAUGCUGGGUCCAGUCAGCGAUGUCUGGCUGGGUACAUAGUGUGUACCCAGCUUUAGACUAUGCAUCCACAUUACUGUAUAUAUACAAUAAGGGCAUACGUCGCUGUUACUCAUUGCACUUAUAACAGUUGUGCUUUUAUAUCCAGCCAUUUUAUUGCGUAUACAUCUCAACUUUUUUACUGACUUUACAAAUAAAGAGACAUUGUAGCUAAAGAACAUAUUGGAAAUAAAUAUAUAUUUAAACGUUCCCAUACAUUAACAAAUAAUAUAUUUAUAAAUUAUAGAUAUUUUUAUUCAAUAGAUGGAUAGCCAUUUAUAUUUUGACCUGUUUUUGUUGGUAAAUGUUGUUGGAUUUAAGGAUGGCAAGAAAUGCCACCAAAAAUGCAAAAUGCACUAAAUUCUGACCCCUGUUCUAUAGUUCAUCCUGCCAUUUGAUAAUCUCUUAGUAGGCAUUUCCCAGCAGUUUUGAGCCAAAUAAACAGAUACUAUGUAUUUUUGUACUGCAGUUUUGCAAUAAGCAGCAGGCUGAAUGACAGCGUUCUUUAAUUCAUUGCAACCCCUUUAAACAUUUACUAAGAAAAGCACACAAUUAACUGAAGCUAAAAGCAUAUGAAUGGCUGUGAAUGGGGAAGGGCUAACCUGCUCUUAUUUCCAAGAGUGAUUGCUUAGGAUGACAUUUUGCAGAAAGAGCAGAAUUCCACAGCAGACACAACAGUCACUGAACAGAUAAGAGAAGUGCAGUCUGAACUAGACAAGUGAUGUCUGUGGCUUGUGUAAGCUAUUCCUUAUUCAGAGCCAGUCAUAGGUCAAUCAGAUGGGCUGCAAUUAACAGGCUGAGUGCCAGUAUAUGGUGCUGUGCUGCUGUGUGUUACAAAUGCACCAGUUUAUUUUGGGCUGUGACCUGUUUCAUUGCUAAACAUUGAUCAGUCCAUAUUGUAAUGUAUCUGUAAGGUUACUUUUAUUAUCAGUAUGUAAGUGCUAGCAGUUCUGAGCGACCAUCCCAAAGAGUAUAUAAACUCUUUAUAAAGCUACCACUGAGUAUAUAAAAUGGGAUUCAAAGAACAAGCCCGAAUCUCAGAAAUUAAUCAUUCGUGGUUUUUGUGUUUGAACAUUUUUGUGCUUUUGCUGUUUAAUAUGCAUCUGGUUGCACUGACAUCUGUACCAAUGCCAUUAACUGUGCAGUACUGUGGAAGUUAUUUCACAUGAUGCAGUGCUCAGGGUCGGCUUCCUUGUGUCAAAACUUGCAAAACAAAAGGGCAUUCAGUGUGUUGACAGCCAACCAAUUCGCACAUCCACAUGUCAUGCUGACCACUGUAAUUAUGUCAAGGCAAUGGUAGUUUUUAUUGCAUGUAAUAAAAAUCAAAGAAGAAAAAAAAAACACGUACAUGAUAUAACUUACAAAAUACUUCCCUGUCUGAGCCCAUUGUAAAUAACAAUAUAAUUACACAUAAGUGCUAAUUCCGCUAUAACAUAUAUAUAUAUAUAUAUAUAUAUAUAUAUAUACAUAGAUAUAGACAUACAAGUUCCAAGCUAUAAGCACUUCACCUUUAAGUCCAUCAACAGGGGUGCCUUGUACUAUUCCAGCCCAAACGACUGAGUCCAUUUCAAGAGUAGGGCACUCACUAAUCCACAAGACAUAUAAUCGAGAUCUCUUCAGGAUAAUGGCGUUUGGCAUCCUGGAAGUUGGAAUGCCUACGCCAGAAUCCUGACACUGCUCCGAAUGCUGGCGCCGGCAUUCCAACAUGGAUCAAAAUGCCAGUGCCGGGAUCCUGAACAACGGAAUCCCUAUCGACCUCUGCCAGGAAUCCUGAUUGGUAAGCUACACGGGAGUGGGGGGGAGGUGGCAUAGGUUUAGGCUGCGGGAUGAGAGCUAGGGUUAGGCUGCAGGGAAGGGAGGGAUUGGGUUAGGCCCUGGUGAGGAGGGGUUAGGUUUGGGCACCACCCGUGAGGGUUAGGGUUAGGCUGUGGGGGGGGGGGGGGGGGGAUUAACAUACUUACCCUGCCCCAGUCGACAGUCUGCUUCGGGAUGCCGGUGUUGGUAAUAUGACCGUCGGCAUCCCAUCUGCCGGGAUAUCGUAUGUACUGUAUCCCAUAUAAUCACUUUAAUAUUUUUAUCCUUUAAAGAUUUCUAGGUCAUUAAAAAUAGCGGACUUUUGUUAUUCAUUGCUUGUUCCUGAAAAUGUCCAUUUUGAUUAUUAGCAAGGGCAUUUCCAGGCCAAUUGCAAAAUUUGGGUCCACACUCUGCUGUAAGAACAGCAGAGCAAGGCACCUCCAUUGAGCAUGCAUGAUCUGGUACAGGGCUGGUCAGAAGAAUCUAUUUCUAGAACAGACUAGGACCUCAGACAGUGUUUGUACAUUCGGGAGUGGGGACCUUCAUCUUCAGGCCCCACUACCGCUCGAUUUACUACAACAGCAUUAGUUCUAAUACUGUGCACAAUACAGUCUCUCUAAUUCUGCCUAUAUAAUACAGUUCUUAGUAUAUAUGAUUAUCCUAUGUGCUUUAUAAGCUAAAAUUUAUGCAAAGGAAAUUUAUAAAAUAAAAUGAAAAAAAAAAAUUCUUAGUUAUACAGGUGCAACAUGAACCGUGGACACUAUCCACUUGUUAGUUUGGUUAUCUUGCAUCCCUUAACUUUGAGGAUGAGUUUUCCAUAUUUCAUUCUCUUGUCCUCUUCUUUUCGAACUCUACCCACGUCAACAUGUUUUUAGAGGUGCCUAGAUAAUUAACAAGUACUGCAAAAAAAGUGCAUAAUAAAUAAUUUCCAUAAGCUUGUAAUGAUAAGUAUUGCAGAGCAGCAAAGUAUGUCGAGGCUGUAUCCAUGUGAUGUGGUUGAGAACAUCAGCAGCAAAGUGUCCCUGGGAGUUAUUUUUAAAUAUUGCCAACUUUGUAAGCCUAUGAGCCAUUGUGAUAAAUAUGUAUUGUUUGCUUGUUCUUAUGUGAAGAUAUCCUUAUGAGGUUCCCUGUUCUACACAGGAUGAGGGAACCCCUAAAUGAGGUCGUUUAUAAUGUUUUUAAAUGCAAUAUGACAAUAACACUUAGUACAGGAAUUUAAUCAUUAGUAGAUGUGGCUUUACUAAAGCAGAUUUUGUUUUUCACUAGUUCUAGCUAAACAUGUUACAUUCAUCUUACACCAAACGAGUGUUUUACUGUGUCACUCUGACCUGGAAAUAACUUUCCCAAACAUUGACCUGUGUUGCAGCCUGAGCUGCGGUUGCCUCACAAAGAGGCCUGGCUGGGUAAUGUAAGCACAUGGAGGUGGUCAAGUAGAAGUUGUGAGUGGCAACUAUCUGCCCAGGUCAAAAUAAUGCUCUGAAUAUUCCUAAAGCAGUUCAGAGGUAAGCCAUAACCUUUUACUUCAGCAUAUCUCAGAUCACAGUGCCAAAGUACCACCAAAGGUGUGUGUGUGUGUGUGUGUGUGUGUGUGUGUGUGUGUGUGUGUGUAUGUAUGUAUAUAUAUAUAUAUAUAUAUAUAUAUAUAUAUACACACACACACAAACACACACACACACACACACACACACACACACACACACACACACAGACAGGUGUGUUAUGUAUAUAUAUAACUUACAAGAUAAGAUGUCAGCAGCAACUUAUUAUGUAUCAGCUAGCUACUUGCUGUUGGCCGCUUGCCUGAGAGCUGUGUCUCCCCUAUUCCUUAUAGCCAGCUCUGAGAAAUUUCUUAUGACUGAAGAUUCAUUUACAUGAUUGCACGAUACCUACCUGUGUUACAUAGUAUACUUAGCUUUUUAUCUACCUGGCAUUAUACCCCAUGCAUUUUUUAUGGGGGUCUUUUAAAACUACCUAUUGCAGCUGUAUCCCCUGCCUGAGAUGCUUAGUACUACAGCAACGCAGAGGAACAAUACCCAAUUGUCAGGUAACCUAAUUCCUGUAGUGACUAGUCUGAUUUACACACUACAGUAAGGAUUAAGUUCUGUACACAAUGUAUAGGCAUUGAGCUUGAUUCUUAAAGGUCACCGAAACAGAGCAGUGCCUUAACCCAGCUGCUAGAGGAGUCCUUUGGACAUUGGAGACUUACUGGCUGCAGACUGAACAAGCAUCAAGCAUGACACUCUACCUGUUGCAUUGUAUUUGUAACUACUGCAGACGAUACAACAGCCAUUACAAAGCUAAUAUUGUAAGGAUAUUCUCUCUAUAGCUUGGUACCUGGUCUCCAGGGAAUAAGGACUGACAGAUCUGGUGCUGCAGAUGCCUGUUGCCACAAGGCCUUUCCUUCUAUACACUAUUCUGCUGCUGAGAUUUGUAGUUCCCUCUGGCAGUAAUAGGUUUUAAACAAUUCUUAGUGCUGUUAGUAUAUACAGUAGGUCCUGGGGAAUAUUGGCUGCUUUAUCUUCUAAUAAUUCUUAGGUGAAAAGAAAACGUAAAAAUAUCAGUUUUUAUUAAUUUUUAAAAUGCUAUUGCUGUCAUUUUUUUUAAAGUAUGUAUAUGAAUUGUAUGUGUAUGUGUAAACAUAUAUGGAUUGUUAUAUCUCAGUGUCUUGUAGAAACAAAACUGCAUCUUUUCUUUCUAUGAUUUGGCUGAACUUAUAAAGUUGAAUGUGAUUUC